CAGCGUGGUGACGUCACAAGUGUGCGCCACGUCCACCCCUGACGUUCAAUGUCAGCUGGCACACAUUUUGCUGUUUCUUUGAUAACACGGAUAUUUUACUAACUUCCACGCACAGAGCCGCACACACAGCUUUCUGUGGCUGGUCUCAGGUUGUCAGUCCAGCGAUGAUUCGUCAGUGUCUAAAAUGCAGAGCAGUUCCAGUUCUGCAGCAGAGCACUCGUGCUUACAGUAUCUUUCCAACCCCACUUGACAGCGAAGAGAAGGAAAUGCUGCACCGAAUUGUGCGUGUGGACCAUGCAGGUGAAUACGGUGCCAACCGCAUCUACGCUGGCCAGAUGGCAGUGUUGGGUCGAUCUAAAUCUGGGCCUCUCAUCCAGGAAAUGUGGGAUCAAGAAAAGAAACACCUGCAGAAAUUCAAUGAAAUUCUCUCUGAGAACAGAGUUCGACCCACAGCACUGUUACCACUGUGGAACAUUGCUGGGUUUGCAUUAGGGGCAUCCACUGCACUGCUGGGUAAAGAGGGGGCCAUGGCGUGCACUGUGGCGGUGGAGGAGAGUAUCUCAGAGCACUACAACAGCCAGAUAAGAGCUCUGAUGGAGAAAGAUCCAGAGAGAUACACUGAACUGUUACAAGUGAUAAAGGAAUUUAGAGAUGAUGAGAUGGAGCAUCAUGACACAGGACUGGAGCAUGAUGCUGAAAUGGUACCUGGAUACUGGCUAAUGAAAAAUGUGAUACAACUUGGUUGCAAAGCUGCAAUAUAUGUUUCUCAACGAAUCUAAUUCUGAACUUACAACAGUUCGUUUUGAUAUUUUGAAUUUUUCCUUUUUUUGUGAGUUAAUUUGAAUUUGUGUUCAAAUUCUGCUCCUUUUGAGGCAAUGUGUUGUACCUUUGUCAGAUUAAACGUGUUGUACACAAGCAUUUACUGUUACCUGAAUGGAUUUAAUUAUGAUUGCUACAGUAUAUAAUAGAUGGACUCUGUUUAAGUACAAAGGUGGAGGUGACCUUUGGUGGAAUAAAUGGAUCUGUAAAUGCUUUA